UGAUCAGCGCAUCGGCCUGUCCGUUUGUGCAUUGUCCUCCUAUAAUACAAUGCCCAAGCGAAAGGCAGAAACGAACCCCCCCAGCCGAGAUAGCUCGAAUAAUGGGGACGCAAUGCAUUUACGGCGCAAUAAGCGUUCCGCAGUCAAUGACGCGCCUGCCGACGGCCGCCCACCGAAGAGAGCAAGGGGAAGGCCUAAAACUUCUCAACCAGAUGCUGCUGGAACGAUAGACAAAGAGCGAAAUAGCGCGCGUCCAACAUCUGCGCGAUCCGAAGAACCGGAAGCUACAGCGCCUAAACGGAGGGGAAGACCGAAGGGUUCUCGGAGCUCCACUGAUACUCAAGCCACGGUGGUAGCGGAGGUGAAAACCCAGAGGGACAAUAAUGCGCAGGUUGAAGAUAAAGAACAAUCCAUUAUGUCAAAUGAAGAACUUGACUCAUUACAGAAUGCCUCGAAGUCCUCGAACCCCCCGAAGACAGCAGCGAAGCGUGGUCGCAGGAAAGCAAGUGAUACGGCUAAAGUCGUGACUGAUGGUGCAUUCGAAUACACACCUAGAGCGUCCAGACAGAUCAAGUCUCCAGUCAUGCCCAAGCCUCAGGUUGCACCAGCUGUGAGGGGACAGAAAGCGAAAUCGGAGGAAGACAACGUUAUCCCCGAAACGCAGAAAGUAUCAGCACCCGAAGUCGAUGAAAGUAUCAUAGAUGAUAAAUUGGCCUCCGCCCCGCAUGCCCCAACAUCUCCGACAAAGUCUUCGUUUGAUACCCUGGCGUCGCAGCGGGAUGUACAAUACUCACCUUCCAAGCGGAGAUCGGGAGUGGCCCAGGGCGAAGAAAAACCAAGCGGAGAGGUUGAAAUGAAACGCAAAUUUGAUGACUUGACCAAGCGAUACGAUGCUCUAGAAAAGGUAUAUCGUAACCUGAGGGAAGUAGGAAUUGUCGAGGCAAAUGCCAAUGUGGACAAAAUGCGAAAACAAUGUGAAGCAAUUACGAAAGCUUCCAAUGAAUUGGUCGCCUCCCUCAAGGCCGAAUUGGUAACCGAGAAGGCUCUUGGUCAGCAAGCACGAGCUCUUCAGAGACAACUAAAAGAUCGAGAUACGAAAGUAGCCCAAUUAGAGUCCCGAUCUGAUGAGUUGACAGGUCAGCUCUCAUCGGCACAGUCUGAGGUCAAGGCCUUGCAGACUAAGCUCGCCGCUGCCCGGAAUACCGCCGCGAGUAUCGAAAGUGCUGCUGCCAAAGUGCCAGGGAGCGCUAUCAAGAAGAACGCAGCAAAUCGCCUCAAUACCGCCGCGAGUGCUGAAGCAGCACAAGCAGCACAGAUUGCACAGCUGAAAGAGGACCUUUAUAGUGAUUUGACAGGGUUGAUCAUUCGCGACGUUAAAAAGAGGGAAUCAGACAGUCUAUAUGAUUGUAUCCAGACUGGAGCUAACGGAAGUGGGUUUCCCUCUGUGCAAGCCGCCUGUGUGAUCUCUGCGCGCUAACAUACUGGCAGCUCUUCACUUCAAGCUUGCUGUUCCUCACGUCUCAGUGGCCAACUUCGAAUCUGCGGAAUUUCAAUACAUACCAUUUUUGGACGAGAACCGAGACCGAGACCUGAUUGACAUCCUGCCAGAAUACCUGACGGUAGACAUCACAUUCUCGCGGCGGCAGGCAUCUAACUUCUAUACUCGCGUAAUGGAUGCUCUCACUAAACCACCUGCUGAGUCGGACGAUUAAUGCCCGUUAUAUAUACUUAUCUCUUCAACUUGUUUUGGUCACUGGCGCCUGGUUAUGUUUUGUUUAUGUUUUUCUUUGGAGUAUAUCACCAGAGCUGGCGUUCAUUUUGACAGGAGCUGCCUAGUAUUCAUACGCUGUAUAGUCUCCAUAUCACCAUUGGCAUCAAAAGU